GUCGUCAUGACCCACAUCAUAGGUGCUUGUUGAAGGGAGAAUUUUUUUUCUCUGUAUAAAUGCAAGCUCAUCAGUACAUUAUGCAAGCCAAGAGUCUCCUGAAAACAUUCAGCUUGACUUCACACAAAUACUCAAAAGAUGGUUCAUGGUCUUUUAGUAUUCCUAAAAAAACUCCGAACCUUCUGUACAUAUUUAGCCACCAAGUUGUUUUCUUUUUCCAAAUCUGCACAGCAGUCCAUGAAAUACUCCUUACAGUUCAUCUGUCAAAAUAAUCCACUCUUUGCCCAGGCCAUUUAUUUCACCUCGAUUUCAUUUGCUGGAUAUGCAGCUCUAAAGGUCCUCAAGCCACGAGAAAAGCCAAAUACCCUGAAUGACUUAGAUUUAUUAUUUACCUCUGUAUCUGCAUCAACUGUCUCAAGCAUGGCAACUGUCGAAAUGGAGGAUUUCUCAAGCACUCAGCUCUGGUUGUUAACUAUUUUAAUGCUGGUUGGUGGAGAGGUAUUCACUUCAAUGCUUGGUCUUUACUUCACGCAGGCCAAAUUUGAUACAAAAGGUUCUGCCGACAGAAGGAGCUACUCAGCUUAUGUUGAUAUUGAAUCUAGUAAUUCUACAAAGUCUGGUCCCAACAGUACCCAGGGCACCAAAGUUACAGUGCCACUGUCCGAACUUCACUUGCAAGAAAAAGACCAAGUUGAGCCCAAGGCAAUUGAAUCUUUAGGUUAUGCACUGUUGGUUUAUCUUCUAGUGACAAAUUUUGGCAGCUCCUUAGUUAUUUACCUUUACCUUAUACUCGUACCAGAUGCACAAGGAGUUCUGAAUAGAAAGGGCAUUGGGUUUGUCAUUUUCUCUGUAUUUACAGCCAUCUCCUCAGUUGGGAAUUGUGGCUUCACUCCAGUAAAUGAAAACAUGGUCAUAUUUCAAAAGAACACCAUUCUGCUAUUGCUAAUUAUUCCUCAGAUACUAGCAGGAAAUACAUUACUUGCCCCAUGCUUGAGAUUAGUGGUGUGGUCACUCAAGAAGAUUACUGGAAAAGAAGAAUAUUAUUUCAUUCUUGAACAUCCGGAGGCCAUCAGAUGCAAGCAUCUUAUGAGUAGUAAGGAGUGUAUUUAUUUGAUAUUAACUGUUGUCACCUUCAUCAUUACGCAAGCCAUAUUGUUUUGCUCUUUGGAAUGGAGCUCCGAGGCUUUGCAGGAAAUGAACAGCUAUCAAAAGAUAGUAGGUGCUUUCUUCAUGUCAACCAAUGCAAGGCAUGCUGGCGAAUCCAUUGUUGAUCUGUCAAGCCUCCCUUCAGUAAUCCUAGUCCUAUACACUAUAAUGAUGUAUCUCCCUGGUUACACUUCAUUUUUACCUAAAGAUGAUGAGCACCAUUCCAAAGCAGAAAUGAAAGGCAAAAGGAAAAGGCUAUUGGAGAAUUGGAUCUUCUCCCAGUUGUCUUAUUUGGCUAUCUUUGUAAUGCUAAUUUGCAUUACUGAGAGAGAAGCAAUGACCACAGAUCCACUCAAUUUCAAUGUUUUCAGCAUAUUGUUUGAAGUUGUCAGCGCAUAUGGAAAUGUGGGUUUUUCUGUUAGUUACAGUUGCAAGAGGCUACUGAAUCAUGACGUACACUGCAAGGAUGCUUCAUAUGGGUUUGUUGGAAAAUGGAGUGACAAGGGGAAAGUAAUUCUGAUCAUUGUCAUGGUUUUUGGGAGGCUUAAAACAUUCAAUAUGAAAGGAGGAAGAGCAUGGAAGCUUAGAUAGCAUCGAUCGUGCAUGUAACCAAAAUUCCACCACCCCAUAUAUGUUGUAAGUCAGAUAUACACAGCAAGUCGCUAAUGAGAUAUAAGACCCUAACAUAGCAUAAGUGCAUAACAAAGAUGGCAGGUGCUUGUCAGCAUUGUCUCUUUGCCUCCCAAAAUGCUAUUUUCCCCGUCAUGCUGUAGUACAAAGUGAAUAUAGAAUACGAUAAUAUCAAAAUAAUAGACGCACAUCGGCAGGGGUUCAUCAGAUACA